AUGCACAACUGGAUCAAACAGUAACAGUGAAUAAUAGAAAUGCCUUCAUUAGUACUGGCUGCUACUCUAGUGGUAAUGGGUAUAACACUAUGUACUGCUCCUUUAGUAAGUGAUCUGCAACAGCCAUCAGCAAUGAAUAUUGGCAAGCUAACUUGCCUUCAUCAAAAUAAAGCAAGGAAAAAGUUUUGGAAAACUUGUCCAAAAGUAUCCAAUAAUACUGAACUUCCAUCAUUUAAGCACCCAGACCUUGAUCUCAUUGGUAAACUUAGUCAUAAUGCUCUACCAGCAAUGGAAAUACCACCAAACACUUUUAGAUGCUUUGCUGUUCAGAGAUAUGCUAAAGAAAAAAGUAUGGCAGUACCUACUUGUCCUGCUGCCUGUAAACUAUACAAUCCUAAAAUUGGAGACAACAAUUGUCAAAUUGGUAACAUUCUUCAUACAGGAUUCAUUGAUACUCGAGGCAUUUCAAUUGCUAAAUCACCACGAUAUGGAUGCAGUGAUUACUUAAGAAAUGAAGUUUGUGUAUACAAUGUCAGCAUGCCAUGCAAAAACAGACACAUCUCUAUCUCAAAAUAUUCCUCAGUAUUAGAUAUUGCUGAAGGAGAUUCAUUAGAAAUCAUUGACUACAAGACUCAUACUCACUACCAGCCAAUAACUGGUAAUGAUAUAAACUCUAUCGCUCACAGACACAUCAAGACAUCAGACUUCUUGUUAUUGUUUUUGAGUGAGAAGGACUCAACACAAAGCAUGGGAUUCAAACUACAAUUUGAAUGUCCAAGCAUUAGCAAUGAAGAAGAGGAAGCAGAAGGGCUUUUAUUUUUGAUCAAUAAACAAAUCAUAAUGUAACUUAAAAUUAAAUACAUGUAUGAUUAAUUUCUAU